AAAGCGGAGGGGAAGGGGAGGGACGCGCGCGGCUCCUACCAGGAGGCGAGUGGGUGCAACCGGCGCCCUCCAGCCGCGCGGGGCGGCGGACUCGGAGGAUUCAGAACCCGGAGCGCGGCGGCCGCUGGCGCCCGGGAGGAAGAGGAGGAGUAGGAGGCGGGCGGGCGGGUGCGCAGCGCGAAGAGGCAGCCUCCGCGCUGCCCGGCUCGGCGGCAGCUCAUGAUGCCUCAGAUCUGAUCCUCAUCUAACAGGCUGGCAAUGAAGAUACCCAGAGAAUAGUUCACAUCUAUCAUGCGUCACUUCUAGACACAGCCACCAGACGCGUCUCCUCCCCUCUCUGCCUGACCUGUGGCUUAGGGACACAUCCCACUGCCUCUCUUGACGUCUGCCUGGUCAACCAUCACUUCCUUGGAGAAUAAGGAGAGAGGCGGACGCAGGAAAUCAUGCCACCGAUGGGCCACCAGCCAUGAGUGGGUGACGCUGAGUUGACGUCAAAGACAGAGAGGGCUGAAGCCUUGUCAGCACCUGUCACCCCGGCUCCUGCUCUCAGCGUAGCCUGAAGCCUGGCUCCUCCUGGUGAAAUCAUCUUGGCCUGAUAGCAUCGUGAGGUCUUCAGACAGGACCCCUUGGAAGCUGGUUACCAUGGAGGAUCACAUGUUCGGUGUUCAGCAAAUCCAGCCCAAUGUCAUUUCUGUUCGUCUUUUCAAGCGCAAAGUUGGGGGCCUGGGAUUCCUGGUGAAGGAGCGGGUCAGUAAGCCACCCGUGAUCAUCUCCGACCUGAUUCGUGGGGGCGCCGCGGAGCAGAGUGGCCUCAUCCAGGCCGGAGAUAUCAUUCUUGCGGUCAACGGCCGGCCCUUGGUGGACCUGAGCUAUGACAGCGCCCUGGAGGUACUCAGAGGCAUUGCCUCCGAGACCCACGUGGUCCUCAUUCUGAGGGGCCCUGAAGGCUUCACCACGCACCUGGAGACCACCUUUACAGGUGAUGGGACCCCCAAAACCAUCCGGGUGACACAGCCCCUGGGUCCCCCCACCAAAGCUGUGGAUCUGUCUCACCAGCCAUCGGCCGGCAAAGAACAACCCCUGGCAGUGGAUGGGGCCUCGGGUCCUGGGAAUGGGCCUCAGCAUGCCCAAGACGAUGGGCAGGAGGCUGGCUCGCUCCCCCAUGCCAACGGCCUGGCCCCCAGGCCCCCGGGCCAGGACCCUGCAAAGAAAGCAGCCAGAGUCGGCCUCCAAGGCAGAGGGGAAAACAAUGAACUGCUCAAGGAGAUAGAGCCUGUGCUGAACCUUCUCACCAGUGGGAGCAGAGGGGUCAAGGGAGGGGCACCUGCCAAGGCAGAGAUGAAAGAUAUGGGAAUCCAGGUGGACAGAGAUUUGGACGGCAAAUCACACAAACCUCUGCCCCUCGGUGUGGAGAACGACCGAGUCUUCAAUGACCUAUGGGGGAAGGGCAAUGUGCCUGUCGUCCUCAACAACCCAUAUUCAGAGAAGGAGCAGCCCCCUGCCUCAGGAAAACAGUCCCCCACAAAGAAUGGCAGCCCCUCCAAGUGUCCACGCUUCCUCAAAGUCAAGAACUGGGAGACUGACGUGGUUCUCACUGACACCCUCCACCUUAACAGCACAUUGGAAACGGGAUGCACUGAGUACAUCUGCAUGGGCUCCAUCAUGCUUCCUUCUCAGCAUAUACGGAGGCCUGAAGAUGUCCGCACAAAAGAACAGCUCUUCCCUCUCGCCAAAGAGUUUAUUGAUCAAUACUAUUCAUCAAUUAAAAGAUUUGGCUCCAAAGCCCACAUGGAAAGGCUGGAAGAGGUGAACAAAGAGAUCGAAACCACUAGCACCUACCAGCUCAAGGACACAGAGCUCAUCUACGGGGCCAAGCAUGCCUGGCGGAAUGCCUCGCGCUGUGUGGGCAGGAUCCAGUGGUCCAAGCUGCAGGUAUUCGAUGCUCGCGACUGCACCACAGCCCACGGGAUGUUCAACUACAUCUGCAACCACGUCAAGUAUGCUACCAACAAAGGGAACCUCAGGUCUGCCAUCACCAUAUUCCCCCAGAGGACAGACGGCAAGCACGACUUCCGAGUCUGGAACUCCCAGCUCAUCCGCUACGCAGGCUACAAGCAGCCCGACGGCUCCACCCUGGGGGACCCGGCCAAUGUGCAGUUCACAGAGAUUUGCAUACAGCAGGGCUGGAAACCCCCGAGAGGCCGCUUUGAUGUCCUGCCGCUCCUGCUUCAGGCCAACGGCAAUGACCCUGAGCUCUUCCAGAUUCCUCCAGAGCUGGUGUUGGAAGUUCCCAUCAGGCACCCCAAGUUUGAGUGGUUCAAGGACCUGGGUCUGAAGUGGUACGGCCUCCCUGCUGUGUCCAACAUGCUCCUGGAGAUUGGCGGCCUGGAGUUCAGCGCCUGUCCCUUCAGUGGCUGGUACAUGGGCACAGAGAUUGGUGUCCGCGACUACUGUGACAACUCCCGCUACAAUAUCCUGGAGGAAGUGGCCAAGAAGAUGAACUUAGACAUGAGGAAGACGUCCUCCCUGUGGAAGGACCAGGCGCUGGUGGAGAUCAAUAUCGCAGUUCUCUAUAGCUUCCAGAGUGACAAAGUGACCAUUGUUGACCAUCAUUCCGCCACCGAGUCCUUCAUUAAGCACAUGGAGAAUGAGUACCGCUGCCGGGGAGGCUGCCCUGCCGACUGGGUGUGGAUUGUGCCCCCCAUGUCCGGAAGCAUCACCCCUGUGUUCCACCAGGAGAUGCUCAACUACCGGCUCACCCCCUCCUUCGAAUACCAGCCUGAUCCCUGGAACACCCACGUCUGGAAAGGCACCAACGGGACCCCCACAAAGCGGCGAGCCAUCGGCUUCAAGAAGCUGGCAGAAGCUGUCAAGUUCUCGGCCAAGCUGAUGGGGCAGGCUAUGGCCAAGAGGGUCAAAGCAACCAUCCUGUAUGCCACGGAGACAGGCAAAUCACAAGCUUAUGCCAAGACCUUGUGUGAGAUCUUCAAACACGCCUUUGAUGCCAAGGUGAUGUCCAUGGAAGAAUAUGACAUCGUGCACCUGGAACAUGAAACUCUGGUCCUCGUGGUUACCAGCACCUUUGGCAACGGAGAUCCCCCUGAGAAUGGGGAGAAAUUUGGCUGUGCUUUGAUGGAAAUGAGGCACCCCAACUCUGUGCAGGAAGAAAGGAAGUGCCCGGAACCCUUGCGUUUCUUUCCCCGUAAAGGGCCUCCCCUCCCCCAUGGUGACACAGAAGUCCACGGUCUGGCUGCAGCCCGUGACAGCCAGCACAGGAGCUACAAGGUCCGAUUCAAUAGCGUCUCCUCCUACUCUGACUCCCAAAAAUCAUCAGGCGAUGGGCCCGACCUCAGAGACAACUUUGAGAGUGCUGGACCCCUGGCCAAUGUGAGGUUCUCAGUGUUUGGUCUUGGCUCACGAGCGUACCCUCACUUUUGCGCCUUCGGACAUGCUGUGGACACCCUCCUGGAAGAACUGGGAGGGGAGAGGAUCCUGAAGAUGAGGGAAGGGGAUGAGCUGUGUGGGCAGGAAGAGGCUUUCAGGACCUGGGCCAAGAAGGUCUUCAAGGCAGCCUGUGAUGUCUUCUGUGUGGGAGAUGAUGUCAACAUUGAAAAGGCGAACAAUUCCCUCAUCAGCAAUGACCGCAGCUGGAAGAGAAACAAGUUCCGCCUCACCUAUGUGGCCGAAGCUCCAGAACUCACACAAGGUCUAUCCAAUGUCCACAAAAAGCGAGUCUCAGCUGCCCGACUCCUUAGCCGUCAAAACCUCCAGAGCCCUAAAUCCAGUCGGUCAACUAUCUUCGUGCGUCUCCACACCAACGGGAAUCAGGAGCUGCAGUACCAGCCUGGGGACCACCUGGGUGUCUUCCCUGGCAACCACGAGGACCUCGUGAAUGCCCUGAUCGAGCGGCUGGAGGACGCACCCCCUGUCAACCAGAUGGUGAAAGUGGAACUGCUGGAGGAGCGGAACACGGCUUUAGGCGUCAUCAGUAACUGGACAGAUGAGCACCGCCUCCCACCCUGCACCAUCUUCCAGGCCUUCAAGUACUACCUGGACAUCACCACGCCACCAACGCCCCUGCAGCUGCAGCAGUUUGCCUCCCUAGCCACCAACGAGAAGGAGAAGCAGCGUCUGCUGGUCCUCAGCAAGGGUUUGCAGGAGUACGAGGAAUGGAAAUGGGGCAAGAACCCCACCAUCGUGGAGGUGCUGGAGGAGUUCCCAUCCAUCCAGAUGCCAGCCACCCUGCUCCUGACCCAGCUGUCCCUGCUGCAGCCCCGCUACUAUUCCAUCAGCUCCUCCCCAGACAUGUACCCUGAUGAAGUGCACCUCACUGUGGCCAUCGUUUCCUACCGCACUCGAGAUGGAGAAGGACCAAUUCACCAUGGCGUGUGCUCCUCCUGGCUCAACCGGAUACAGGCUGACGAAGUGGUCCCCUGUUUCGUGAGAGGAGCACCCAGCUUCCACCUGCCCCGGAACCCCCAAGUCCCGUGCAUCCUCGUUGGACCGGGCACCGGCAUCGCACCUUUCCGAAGCUUCUGGCAACAGCGGCAAUUUGAUAUCCAACACAAAGGAAUGAACCCCUGCCCCAUGGUCCUGGUCUUCGGGUGCCGGCAAUCCAAGAUAGAUCAUAUCUACAGGGAAGAGACCCUGCAGGCCAAGAACAAGGGGGUCUUCAGAGAGCUGUACACGGCUUACUCCCGGGAGCCAGACAAACCAAAGAAGUACGUGCAGGACAUCCUGCAGGAGCAGCUGGCGGAGUCUGUGUACCGAGCCCUGAAGGAGCAAGGGGGCCACAUUUACGUCUGUGGGGACGUCACCAUGGCCGCUGAUGUCCUCAAAGCCAUCCAGCGCAUCAUGACCCAGCAGGGGAAGCUCUCGGCAGAGGACGCCGGCGUGUUCAUCAGUCGGAUGAGGGAUGACAACCGGUACCAUGAGGAUAUUUUCGGAGUCACCCUGCGAACGUAUGAAGUGACCAACCGCCUUAGAUCUGAGUCCAUUGCCUUCAUUGAAGAGAGCAAAAAAGACACUGAUGAGGUUUUCAGCUCCUAACUGGACCCUCUUGCCCAGCCGGCUGCCAGUUUUAUAAGUGCGGACAGACACUGCUGAACCUUCCUCUGGGACCCUGCGUGGCCCUCGCUCUGCCUCCUGUCCUUGUCGCUGUGCCCUGGUUUCCCUCCUCGGGGUUCUCGCCCCUCAGUGGUUUCCUCGACCCUCCUGGGUUUCCUCCUUGAGUUUUCCUGCUGCGAUGCAAUGCUUUUCUAAUCUGCAGUGGCUCCUACAAAACUCUGUUCCCGCCCCCUCUCUUGCUGACAAGGGCAGCUCACGGGUGCAUGAAACCACUGGAACAUGGCCGUCGCUGUGGGGGUUUUUUUCUCUGGGGUUCCCCUGGAAAGGCUGCAGGAACUAGGCACAAGCUCUCUGAGCCAGUCCCUCAGCCGCUGAAGUCCCUUCUCCUUUUUUAUGAUGACAUUUUGGUCGUGCGUGUGUAUAUGCGUGUGUGAUGGGCUGGGUCUCUGUCCAUCCCCUUCCCUGCACAAAUGUAUCGAUCUUAGAUUGCCACUGCUUUCAUUGAAGACCCUCGAUGCCAAGAAACAUGUCCCUGGCCCAUAUUAAUCCCACGCGUGUCCAUAAUUAAGGGUCCACGCCCAUGUACCUGAAACAUUUGGAAGCCCUGUAAUUGUUCUAGUUAGAAAGGGUUCAGGGCAUGGGGAGAGCAGUGGGAAAUUGAUGAAGGGGGCUAUCUCCCAAUGAGAGAGGCAUUCCCAGAAUCUGAUGCAUUUAGAUUCUGAUACCACUGAGCAGAGCCCUCAUGUGACAUGAACCCAUCCAAUGGAUUGGGCAAAUCCCCUCUCCAAACCCAGCCAUCCCAACCAGAAUCACUCGACUUGUGCACGUCCAUUGAGUCCCCCCUUCCAGCAAUACCAAGGGGUCCGGAAGUUAUGUUGCCCAAAGAAGCCCAGUGGCAAUAAGGAUCUUCCGCUUUGCCACCGGGUGACUUUGGAUGGGUCCUUUGUCCUCAGUUUUUCCUAGUCAUAAUGUCAUAUGAACCUAAAGAAUAUGAAUGGAUUAAAUGUUAAAGCUUUGGUGCCUGGAAACAAUAUCAAGUAACAAUAUGAUUGUUAUUUUUUUAUUCCCCCAAAGGGGGCUUGCUGCUUCACCCUUGGGGAUGAAAUGAUGGGAGCUUGUUAAAGUGGAUGAGGUUGGAGAGAGUUGCCACAAUGAGGUCCCACGUGGCUUCUUCAAUAGGAACCACAACUCGGGGUGGGAAGAACUUGGCCCUCAGGCUUGUUGCCCUCUACAGUUGAUCUCCAAAGUUUUAAACCUAUUAAAGUAAUUUUAACAAAUAAAUUAUCCUCAACUCAGAUCAAAAAUGGGCAGCCAAGUCUUCGGCAGGAAUUGGGGCCCAUGCAAUUUCUCCCUAAGAGGCAACCUGUUGAAUUUACUCUCUCAAAGUAAAUGGUGGGAAGGGAUCCCUUUUUAUACUUUUUUAAGUACUAUGAAUUAAUGUCAAGCAGUUCCCAGAAAGAAACAAGAAAUCCUAGUGGCCCCCCAGACUGCAGGGUCCCCAAGGAUGGAAAGGGAAUGUUCUGCUGGUUCUACCCUGUUUGUUGUGUCUUGCCAUACAGAAAAACCACAUUUCUUUUAUAUGCUGUGCGUGGGCAUAUCUUGGUGUUCAGUUUGGGUGCCCGCUAAAGAGGAAAUGCACUGGCCCUCUUUGAAAGGGCUUUACAAUGAGGGCACCAAGACCCCAAAGGACCCAGGCCAGGAGACUGUUAAAGUGAAAAGGCAAUCUAUGUCUCACCUUGCUCUACCAUCCCUGGCAGCCCCCGCCAGUAUCCCGUUACUGCCAUGUGGAGCUUGACUUCAUGCCAGCUUUAAUCUCCCCUGCCUUCCUUUAAUCACAAUUACCCCUGCUCAGUCUUCCACAGAUGUAAAGAACAAAGACUUAGCAUCCCACACUCUCUCUCCAUCCCCUUCCCUGCACAAGUGUGUCGAUGUUAGAUUGCCACUGCUUUCAUUGAAGACCCUCGAUGCCAAGAAACAUGUCCCUGGCCCAUAUUAAUCCCACGCGUGUCCAUAAUUAAGGGUCCACGCCCAUGUACCUGAAACAUUUGGAAGCCCCGUAAUUGUUCUAGUUAGAAAGGGUUCAGGGCAUGGGGAGAGGAUGGGAAAUUGAUUAAGGGGGCUAUCUCCCAAUGAAAGGGGCAUUCCCAGAAUUUGAUGCAUUUAGAUUCCCCUUCUAUCCUGAAGGGAAGCCCAUUCUAAACUCCUUUCCUGCAAACCCAGUUCCAGCUCCUAGUAGCUUUUCUCCAGAAGGCUUUCUUUCCAAUCCUUUAUACCUUUGGAGACGCCUUCCCAGUUCCCCAGGGAAGGAAACUGCUGUGUCCAAUCCCCAUCAAAGAGAAAUUGAUCAGUGCUUCCCACUCCAAGUCAAGCUUUAUGCAGGAAUGCUUUUCCAUCAGGGAAUAAAUACUUAGAAGAGCUUACGAUGUGCCAGGCACCUCCUUUCUGCAUGUCCCUGCCCUUUUAGUAGCAGACAGAUGGAAACAUUGUCUCAUUUUGUCAAGGAGUCCAAAGAAAUGAUUAUAUAACCAGGAUUCAUCCUUCUUCUCCAGAAAGAUUUUUUUUUGUAAGUAAACACCUUUCAAUCCCCAACACAAGCUGCUUCACAACUCCAGGCUAGAAGGCAGGAGGGCGAUCUGAUGUGUUUCUUUCAUUUGCCAGAAUUCCUGAUACCAAAAGCCUCUCUCUGUUGAGUAACCUAUCAAGGACCAGAGUGUAGUCCAGAUUUAGAGUUUAGCUCAGAUCCAGGAUGGGGAAAUACUGCCCUCUUGUGGUGGCUUUUCAUCCAGGCCUUGUAGCCAACCGUAAGUGCAAAAUAGAAUUAACCAAUGGAUGGGCAAAAUAGGGUUGACAGGGUAUUUGGGGGUUGUUCGGGUUAUGGCCCGUUUAUUUCCCUCUUCCCCCUGAAUUGGCCUGUAGCAGCUCCAACCCCAUUUCACAAAAGUGAGUUUGGUCGAGAGGAAUGAGACGUCUCCUGAAAUAGGAACGCUGGAUCAUGCUCACCUGCCAUCACUAUGAAUCCAGUUCCCGCACCUUGUGUCGUGAAAAAGCAGAGAGAUGACAGUUAAACUCCUUGGGAGGAGAGAGGGCUUCCUUUGGUUUCCCUGGAGUGAGACAGCCAGGUGGCUUUCUUUUGCCGGGGGAUGCUUCAGACCCAUCAAAAUGGAAUUUUGGGAGCCAACCUGAGUGCAAAUCCUAAUUCUGCCCCUGUUGGUGCAGAUGGCUGUGGGCGGCUCACUUGACCUUUUAGAGUCUAUCUACCCACCUGUAUAACAAGGUGGAUUGAGUGAGACAAUGCCCACAAAAUGCCCAGUUACAGUACCUGGUUCAAAACUUACUGCAUUUUAAUAUUUCACUUAACUUAUAACAUGUCUUGCUUCUCCAGUGUGUGGAAGGCACCGGAGAGUAUGCAGAGAUAAGGAAAACACAGUUCCUCUCAUGCAGAACGUUAGAAUCUUUUUUUUUUUCUUUUUUCUAGACAAGAAAAGCUCUGUCACCCAGGCUGGACUACAGUGGUACGAUCUCAGCUCCCUGCAUCCUCUGCCUCCCCCAGUUCAAGCGAUUCUCCUGCCUUGGCCUCCUGAGUAGCUGGGACUACAGGUGCCUGCCACCAUGCCCAGCUAAUUUUUGUAUUUUUAGGAGAGUCAGGGUUUCACCAUGUUGGUCAUGCUGGUCUUGAAUUCCUGACCUCAAAUGAUCCACGCACCUCAGCCUCCCAAAGUGCUGGGAUUACAGGAAUGAGCCACCACGCCCGGCCAAAGGUUAUAAUCUGAUGGAGAGAACACCGGUCUUGAAACUGACAUAAAUUUCUGAGGUUUGAGAAAUGGGUGGGAUUUUACUGGUAGCUUCUGGAAGGUAAGAGUUGGUCAGGAAUUGGGAAGAGAGGAAAGGCACAGACAGGGAGCAUGUAAGAUAAAUUGGGGCUGGCUUUGGAAGGCUGAGGAGGGUGAGAAAAGGUGGGCUGGGAUCAGACCGUGGGGAGAGGUGAGUGGCAUGACAAGAAAUUUAGACUUUAUUCAGAUGGCAACAGGGAGUCCCUAACAGUGUUUUUUUUAAAAGGGGACAUUAUGGCGAUUUGAGUUAUGCUUGGAAAAGAAAGUUCUGGCCACAGUAUAGAGCAUGGCCCGUUGACCUGUUGGGGGUUAUUGCUGCAACCAAGGCUUGAGUGAGGGAAGAGGCAGAUGUAGUGAUAAAGAGACUCCAGGAACUGAAUCAGCGUACCUGGCGCCCCAUCUGCUGUAGAGGGUGAGAACAAAGGAGAAAUUAAAACAUCUUGCAGGCUGGGCACGGUAGCUCGUGUCUGUAAUCCCAGCACUUUGGGAGGCCAAGGUGGGUGUAUCAGUUGAGGUCAGGAGUUGGAGACCAGUCAGUCAGUUAGUAGAAAUCCUGACUCUACUAAGAAAAUACAAAAAUUAGCCGGGCAUGGUGGCACGCGCCUGAAGUCUCAGCUACCUGGAAGGCUGAGGCAGGUGGAUCAGUUGAGCCGGGGAAGUGGAGGCUGCAGUAAGCCAAGAUUGUACCACUGCACUCCAGCCUGGGUGAUAGAGCAAGACUCCAUCUCAAAAUAAAAUAAAACAUCUUACCCCUAGCUGAGAGAGAGGUCUCCAAAGAGCAGGCUCAGGCAAAAGAGUUUUCAGAGCUUAUGUGAUAGCUUCUCUGGAGUCGACAGGGUGAAUCCUUCCCAAGUCCAGCCAUGCCCAGAUGCCCGGAGGGAAAACUGACCCCCAGCCAGUAGACAUCGGUUAAGAACACGGAAUCUUCUGACCAAACAUGCUUUCAGCAGCUGCCUGCUCUGGACUUUGAAAGAGGUCAGGUUUUACCCUAAGCUCAAAACAAGUGAGAGUUGUCUUGACCUAGCUCAUGGGACAAAUGGUUCUGACAGGAUGGGCAGUCCAGAUGCCUGAGCCCCAGUGCCUCAUGCAGCCUUUUCAUUCAUGCCAUUAGGAAAUCCAUGGACUUCUAGUCUGUGUUUUAAGCCAGCCAUGUUUCCUUGUGUAUUUCCCUACCCGCUGCCCCAGAUACCCAGCAUACCGCUAUGGCCACCGUGUCCUCAGAGCCUUCUGUCUGUAUCAGGAAGGUAGUCUGAGACUGCCAGGAAGCAACAAGGAGAGAGAAACACUAACUAGUCUUCCUUUAUAACCCAUUCAUACUCUCUGGCUGUCCCCAAACUUCAUAAAGUCUCCUGCAUCCAAAUGUCCUCUUUGGCUCAAAAAGUAGGCCAGGCAUGGUGGUUCAUGCCUGUAAUAGCAUUUUGGGAGACUGAGGUGGGAGGAUUACUUGAGGCCAGGAGUUUGAGACCAGCUUGGGCAACGUAGUAAAAUCUCGUCUCUACAAAAAAAUAAAAUAAAAUUAGCUGGGCAUGGUGGCAUGCUUCUGUGGUCCCAGCUACUUGGGAGGCUGAGGCAGGAGGAUCACUGGAUCCCAGGAGUUCGAGGCGACAGUGAGCUAGGAUGGCAUCACUGCACUCCAGCCUGGGUGACAGAGCGAGACCAUGUCUCUAAAAAAAAAUCAAAAUGAAAGACCAGGUGCUGAGAUUGAGGAAACACAGAUCUGAGGGUCUGAGGGUCUGAGGGUCUGAAGGAAGGGCCUGCCUCCCAGGGAGUCAACACAGAUGUUCCCCAUGAACAGGGAUUUCACCUUUGGAAGUCAACCUGGCCUGGCCUCUGCCCUUUAUCUCACACCCCCUAUCCUUGGCCCACUACCAGUCCCU